CCUUUAUAAUAGCGGGAAAGCCGGCAGGACGAGGGACAUGCUCGUGGCCCCGCCAGCCCUGAGGAGGGCCCCCGCUUCAUAGUCCUCCGUGGGAGUUUUCAGAGUUGUUUGGAAAGGCCCCAACUUCAAAUCUGACAAGACAGGGUCUGCUCAGAUGGAGUCCCCCAGGCAGGCCCCAAGGCCCUGAGUGAGCGGCCUUGACUGCAGGUCUGGGCCGCUUGCUGCCUCGGGCCUGGCUCGGAGGACCAGCCGGAGACCCGGUUUCCUCCGGGAGAACUGUCUGCCCUGGAAAGGACAACGAAAUCCCUCCCAGCGGCGCCUGCUCCGCCCUCCACCCCCCGAAAUGUUUCUGUUUCUAAUCCCAGCCUGGGCAGGAACGUGGCUGUGGGCUAGGGGCCAAGGAGCUAUUUUGGGGUCUCUUUUGCCUCCCCCUGGCUUUGGCCAGCAGGUCACCCCUGGUCUUGGCUCCUGAGGGCCUCACUUCCCAAUUCUCUCACCACCCCUUCCCCACCUCCUGCCAAAAACAAGUCGGUGUAAAGCAGAGGGCCCGAAGGCUAAAUUUAAACGUCCCAAUGUCUGAAUCCGGGGCUGAGUCACCCACAAAGCUGCACUGGCCUCCUGCCCCCUUCCCAGGCCUCACCCCUUUCUCCCCCAACUCCAGAGUUUGGGAGGGGUGUUACCAGGUCACUCUGGACCUCGAUUGGCCCCCUCUGAAAAAUGGGAGGGCUCACCCUCAGCCUUUGUCACUUCUGUGCUCCACCUUUUCAUGGGGGCAGUGUUCUAGAGUUGAGAUUCUCCACCCCCCAAUUGCACUGAAAUGUUCUGGUUGGGGGGGCCUGGCUUGCCAGGGGUUAAGGCUGGGAGGCAGGAGGGGGCUGGCCAAGGGGUGGGGAGAAGGGGAGGAGGCCUUUGCAGCCAGCAGAGAAGUGGCCAGAGAGGCCCAGGGGACAACCAGGGACAGGCCGACAUGCGGCCAGGGCCCCGUGGCCUGGACAGGGGCUGCCAGGCCCCGUGACAGGAGGACCCCGAGCCCCAGGCCCGGGGAGGGGGCCAUGGUGCUGCCCGCCCAACAUGUCAGCCGAGGUGCGGCUGAGGCGGCUCCAGCAGCUGGUGCUGGACCCCGGCUUCCUGGGGCUGGAGCCCCUGCUCGACCUUCUCCUGGGCGUCCACCAGGAGCUGGGCGCCUCCGACCUGGCCCAAGACAAGUACGUGGCCGACUUCUUGCAGUGGGCCCUAAAUCCAGUGUUUCCCAAAGUGUAGCUCAAGAGCCAGCUUCUUCUAAACCUAGAGCGGAGCCCAUCGCGGCGAGGCUUAAGGAGGUCCGACUGCAGAGGGAUGACUUCGAGAUUCUGAAGGUGAUCGGACGCGGGGCUUUCAGCGAGGUAGCAGUGGUGAAGAUGAGGCAGACGGGCCAGGUGUACGCCAUGAAGAUCAUGAAUAAGUGGGACAUGCUGAAGAGAGGCGAGGUGUCGUGCUUCCGUGAAGAGAGGGACGUGCUGGUGAAUGGAGACCGGCGCUGGAUCACGCAGCUGCACUUUGCCUUCCAGGAUGAGAACUACCUGUACCUGGUCAUGGAGUACUACGUGGGCGGGGACCUGCUGACUCUGCUGAGCAAGUUUGGGGAGCGGAUCCCGGCCGAGAUGGCACGCUUCUACCUGGCUGAGAUUGUCAUGGCCAUAGACUCGGUGCACCAACUGGGCUAUGUGCACAGGGACAUCAAACCGGACAACAUCCUGCUGGACCGCUGUGGCCACAUCCGCUUGGCUGACUUCGGCUCCUGCCUGAAGUUGAGGGCGGAUGGAACGGUGCGGUCUCUGGUGGCUGUGGGCACCCCGGACUACUUGUCCCCAGAGAUCCUGCAGGCCGUGGGCGGCGGGCCGGGGACGGGCAGCUACGGGCCCGAAUGUGACUGGUGGGCGCUGGGCGUGUUUGCCUAUGAAAUGUUCUACGGGCAGACGCCCUUCUACGCUGACUCCACUGCAGAGACCUACGGCAAGAUCGUGCACUACAACGAGCACCUGUCUCUACCGCUGGCUGAUGCAGGGGUCCCUGAGGAGGCUCGCGACCUCAUCCAGCGGCUGCUGUGUCCUCCGGAGACACGGCUGGGCCAGAACGGAGCAGGAGAUUUCCAGAAGCAUCCUUUCUUCUUUGGCCUAGACUGGGAUGGUCUCCGAGACAGCGUGCCUCCUUUUACGCCAGAUUUUGAAGGUGCCACUGACACGUGCAACUUCGACGUGGUGGAGGAUGGGCUCACUGCCAUGGUGAGCGGGGGCGGGGAGACGCUGUCAGACAUGCGGGAAGGCGUGCCGCUGGGGGUCAACCUGCCUUUCGUGGGCUACUCCUACUCCUGCAUGGCCCUCAGGGAUGAUGAGGUUCCGGGCCCCACGCCCAUGGAACUGGAGGCCAAGCUGUUGCCUGAGCCACCUGUGCAAAUGCCCAGCCUGGAGCCCAUGGUGCCACCACUGGAAGAAACAGCCGCAGUUCCGGCCGCCAUGCCAGCGGAGGCGGGGGUGACCCUGCAGGAGCUCCAGGAGGCCCUGGAGGAGGAGGUGCUUACCAGACAGAGCCUGAGCCAGGAGCUGGAGGCCAUCCGCACCGCUAACCAGAACUUCGCCAGCCAACUCUGCGAGGCCGAGGCCAGGAACCGCGACCUGGAGGCGCACGUCCGGCAGCUGCAAGAGCGGGUGGAGGGGCUGCAGGCCGAGGGGCUGCAGGCGGAGGCAGCGGCUGCUGUCACGGGGGUCCCCAGUCCCCGGGCCGCGGAUCCACCUUCCCAUCUAGAUGGCCCCCCGGCCGUGGCUCUGGGCCAGUGCCCACUGGUGGGGCCAAGCCCCAUUCACCGCCGCCACCUGCUGCUCCCUGCCAGGGUCCCUAGGCUUGGCCUAUCGGAGGCGCGUUCCCUGCUCCUGUUCUCCGUUGCACUGGCUGGUGCCGCCGCCCUGGGCUGCACUGGGUUGGUGGCCUGCGCAGGCCAUCUCGCCAGGGUCUGGCGCCGCCCAGGAGCCGCCUUCGCCCCCUGAACCCUAGAAGCCCAGCCUGCCCUCCACUAGGGCCCUGCUGGAGGUUUGAGUGGCCUGGGUUUGGCCCAGAAACCACUUCCACCACCUCCCCAUUCACACCACUAAACGCGGGUCUCCGCCCCAACUCCAGCCUUGUGAUCCGGGCCCGCCCCCUGGCGGCCGGGGAGGGAGGAGCCGGGCCCGCGGCCGGAGCGCUGUUACUUGCUGGGGGGAAUCGCGGACCACUUCCCAUCUGGCCUGGCCGAAGUCGCGACGCGGAUGGGCAAACUACUAUCUAGAGAAGGCAGCAGGGCCGGGUCUCGGCCUUCAGUUUUUCACCCUCCACGCACCCCCAGCCACAUCGGCUCGAAACCCACAAAUCCUUGUGCAUGAGGCCCUGCUCUCCCGGAACGUUCUCUUCCCGCGGAGAACGUCUAGCGCGAGCCCUGCCCGCUCGGGAGCCGUUAGCUUUUGCUAGCCCCGCUUUUUCGGGGCCUCCCGCGCCCUCCUCACGUACGCUACUCUCGGAGCCACAGCCAGCUCUGCCCGCCCCGGCGGUUUGGGUAUUUAUUGACCUAUCCUCCGACCCGCUGACAGGCUCCCAGACCCCAGCACCCUACCCCACGUUUUGGAUGCACUGAGACCCCGACAUUCCUCGGUAUUUAUUGUCUCCCCCCACCUACAACACCCACCCCCGACCCUCGCGAAUAAAAGGCCCUCUCGUCUGCCCAAAAGCUCUGACUCCUCGGUGUCCCUGAUUGCGGGAAAGAGGUUGCUCAGUGGGCCAAUUAGAAGGCGAGUGAAGGCGGCCAAUGGCCUGGCGGGGAGCUAGCGGGAGGCGAAGCUGACGAAUCAGGGGUGG